GCCCACAGUCGAGCCAGUCAGAGUCAGUUAUUUGGAGGUACAGUGGAGAUUCAUUGUGCUGGACCAACUCAUUUUAAGCAUGUUGGCAUUGUACAGGGAACUCAGAUUACUAACACAAGUAUGGCAGGCAUUCUGUUUGCUUGGUGUGUGUGGAGUUUAAAUAAGAGGUAGCCAGCUGCUGUCCCCGGGAGCCCAGACCAUGUUGGAGAGCCACUGCUGACAGUUGUAGCCAAAAGUCUGGAUUAUCAUAACAACACAGCGACAAGAGUGUCCAGUUGCCAGUGUGUGCACCUCAGGUAAGUGUUUACUGCUCUGUUAUACCUCUGUGGGGUGCUGUGCAGUGGAGCAUGUGACUUUUUAAAGGUACCAAACACUACAGGACACCUGACAGGGGAGCAAUAAUCACUGGAAGGACAAGGCAAAAAAUACAUCCUGAGACAUUCUUCAUCAAAGAGCAUGUUGAUAGCAGGCCAGGCUUUGAAUUCAGUGCAGUUAAGCACGCAAGGGGGAACACCUACUAAAACAACAUUUGCAGGAUCAAAGCUGAGCCUUCAAACCUAGUCUCUGUGUGUUUCACUUUUAUGAUGUACAUGCAAUGUGAGCUCAAUAAAUCCUAAGGAAGUUACAAAUAGUCAUAUAAGAUCUUGGACGGAUUAUGGGCACAGACAUGUAAAAGGCCCCCCACCCCUUCUACAUAGGAGCAAGACACCCAGACUGAAAGAGACGCAAAGAGACACAAAAUGACUACAAAAGACAUGGGCGUUCUGUGUCUCUUUUUGUCUCUUUGUGGUCGUUUUGCGUCUCUCUGUAGUUGUUUUGUGGUAAUUGUGCGUCUCUAUGUAGUCAUUUUGCAGCUCUUUUUGGUUGUUUUGCAUCUCUUUCCACGUGUAAGAUAACAACUCUACCACAUGCCAAUUUGGUUUAUCACUCAUUCAGUCACGUUUUCAGUCUCACAUGAUGUGAGAGAGGAAGCUGGAAGCAAUAUGAAACAAGGACACACCCAUAAAGAAUAUACAGUGAGGUCGGCUGAUCCCAUCUGCCUCUGGCUCAGGAUAUAUAGUUCAUUAAACUGAUAAUAGGAAAAUCUGAACAAUACGUUCCUGCUGGGGUAAGCAGUUUCACACCAGUGCCAGCCAUGGAGCACCCCCUCAGACACACAAAGACUGUCUCCCUCCAGUGCUUCAUGUGUUGGCACUGCAGACUCAGAGGCAUUGAAUAGGCAGUGAUAUGAAGAAUAUAUAUAUAUCCAAAAUCAAUCUUUCAAGUUGGUGACUGUCAUUCAGAACCAGUGUAACAAAAGAGUUUCCCCUCGGGGAUCAAUAAAGUAUUUCUGACCUUGAUGCUAUUUCUGAUUCAGUUUCAGCCAUUUCACUUCAGUAAUGUCAGAUUUUCAGGGGUCUCAUGAAAACAUGUUUUUUUAUGCUUCUAAUGGACACAAUUUCCACCACUGUCAAUUUUGAUCAUUGAGAAAAUGUUAUUGUUUGCGAAAAUAGCAAAAAACGCUUUGCUAAGGCCAAUCUGGAAUGUGAAAAAUAUGUAUUGUACAUUUUGAACAUUUUGUUUAAAGCUUUUAAAUGAAUUUCCUUCAUUUGAAACUAACUUGGAAGGCCCUGCAAGGUCAGGCUCAACACCGUGAGACUGCCUAUCUCGCAGCGUCACUGUCCAUUCCAUAUACGUUAUUAGGGAGGAAGUCACCUGUCACCGUAAAGUCCAGCCUACAUGGAGCAUGAGGCACAGCUCCCAACAAAUUUACUGCUAUCAAAGCCCUUUAAAAGCUUGAGCCUGACUGUAAAGUUGGCACAAGGAGUAACAGUUUCUGAAAGUGUGUGUGUGUCUAUGCUUAGCUGAAAUCAAUAGAGUUAUAUGUGGAACUUGAGGCACUCGAGGGGCAAUGGUCAGCGUGCUUUUAUGGAGGAGAAAAGUUGUAAGACAGAACUUAAAAUUCAUGUAAGUGUGACUCUUUGUUGUGGGUGUGCAUGCAAAAUCGUGUGGAAUGUUUCGAGGAAAGCAUAAACCUAGAUAACAUUUUUGGUUUCCUUCAGAUUUCUUUUGUCACACUGGGGUUGUCUCUGCAACAUUUCCCCUAAGCAGCUGGGAAUGUAAUAUGAUGAGGAAAUUACUCAUAUAAGAGGAACUUAUUGGCUGGUUUUGUAACUAUUCUGCUCCUAGCACUCUGGCAAGGUUGUUAUCCCCCAUGGAAUGAAAACAGCCUGCUUAUUGUGCUUACAUGUCAGACGACUGGAUGAUUGCUACAGAAAGUCCAACAAUAUAAAAUCUGGUCCAUUCUGUACUGAUUGCUCUGCAUCUGAAGGGGAGUAAAUAAACAAUAUGAUUUGAUUGUUGAUUCCUACGUGAUUAAUUGGUAUUUCUUAUUCAAUUUUGACCCACGGUGGAGCACAAGGCAGUGACAUCACUGUUUUAUUUGAGCAAAUGACCACACAUAACUAAUAACGUGGCCGUGUAAAUACGUUCUAAAUUGUGUUUUUGAAUAAAUGCCUGGCAAUCUCAAGAGUGGGUUUGCAUCGACCCUCACCUUAACGCUAACCCUCGGCUGACCCAGAACAAACUAUUCAUAAUGUCUCCCUUUCCCAUUCAUUUGCAUCUGAAUCAAGGCUAAUGUUAUUUAUGGGACCCAAAGCUGCAUGUGUAGCAUUGAAUGCUGCGUUUUCUGCAAAUGGUAGGACUUUCAGAGAGCGAAAGGAGGCACAUGCAAGGUGUUGUUGUUGUGCCAAGAGAGGACCCAAUGACUUUGUGUUGACAGCAGAAGUGUUCAGGAUACAGCAGGUAGGUUUUUCAUGAGCGCCUCAUCAGCAUUAACACCUUUCAUCUGUGGCUAUCUGUCAUCUUGUUUACUCUUUGUUCUUUGUGUUCAAAAUGAGAUGUUUACCUGGUGGAGUCCACUAUUAUCAGGGGUGCUUCCUGUCCCAGCCCUGCAUAAUACUCUGAUAAUCAGGAACUGCUGUUUGCAGGGUUAUUGGGAAAGGCAUAUACUUAUACUUAUUUAUUUUCUAUAAAGCCGGACAUAUUUACAAACGUUUGACAGCAAAUAUGCACCAAAGGUCUUUUCGGCAAUCUUUCCGUUCCACUUCAGCAAACAAAGGUGGACGUCGAUCAUCAGGAAAAAUGUUCUUUGUGGCAGGGGCCAAAAAUACAGCAGGAUCGGGCAGAGGAAAUGAAAGGAGGUCAAUCUACCAGAAAUUUCGCGAGGUAGAUUUACUGGACAAGAAGAAGACAGUGACAGCUCUAAAGCCCGGUGAAGAUCGGGCCAUUCUCCUGGGACUUGGAAUGAUCCUCUCUUCAGUCAUGAUGUACUUUGUCCUGGGGAUCACUACAUUACGCUCCUAUGCAGACAGUGUGUGGACAGAGGAGGGUGUGUGUGUUGUACUCAACUCCACGGUCACAGCAGACAUGAACUGUUCCUACAACUGUGGGUCAGACUGCUGGAGAGUCUCCAAAUACCCCUGUCUGCAGGUCUACGUGAGCGUCAAUAACACGGGCCGUGUCAGCCGUUUAUCUCACAAUGAAGAGACCCAGGACACCAGCUCUGAAUGUUUCUAUGUACCCAGGUGCCAGAAGGACAGCAUGGCCAUGCAUGUCAUGAUUAUGAACAUCUCCGAGCGCCUGAAGGUGAACCAGCAGGUCCCCUGUUACUACGACCCCAGUGAGCAGCAGGAGACGGUUCUCCUGACCCGGCUGUAUGACCACAGCGCCGUCUUCCACUCGCUGCUCUGGCCCUCCUGCAUGCUCACGGGAGGAGCCCUCAUCAUCGUGAUGGUGAAGCUCACACAGUACCUCUCCAGGCUGUGUGAAGAGAUAGGGAAGAUCAAGAGGUGAAAUGACGUGCAGCAGCUGUGAAAGCCAAGCACAAGUUGGUUUGGUGAUGGACAUAUGACAUGAAAGGUUUGAUUGUUUUAACCAAACGACCUUGCUGUGACCUCUUGCAAACUUUCCUCCACGGCUGAGACAUUUGGAUCAGCUGAUUUUCACUCCGGAUCGAGGAUGUGACUGUUUAUAAAAGUGAAGUGAAUGUUCCAAGGCGAAAACUGACUGACAUGUAACUGGCUGUUAUACAGAGAAAACUAACUGAAUUUUGCAUGGUGACAAACAUUGUAAAAUGUUUUAUGGGUACUUAUCACACUUAAGCACGUAACCUUAAAUAUGGUAUAUUAUGAACUUGUGCUUGCUAUGUCACAUAUGAUAUACAUGACAACACCAACCUAUAUUUAAAUCGACGGGGAAAACACUGCUGUCUGUCCAAAAAUGUCCUCUAUGUGGUUGUUAGUGUUGAGGAAUGUCACAAUUUUGAGAACUUUCUCAAACUUUCCUAUAUUUUGAUAAUCAUAUGUGAUUGUUUUCAGAAACAAUAACAUGUUCUUAUUUGAUAUCCACUAUCUCAGCGACCAAACAAUGUGUAGGUCUCUCAUAAUGAAAUGUCUUUCAUGAAUGAACAUAAGGUAUACAUAACCUGACUGUCUGUCAUGAUGUUGGAAAAGCUAGUCUGGAAAUUUAGCUCACCAAACCACAAUGAACAUAUAAAGGCCUAGUAUGUUAAAAUAUUUUGCACAUUCUUCUUUCUCACAUUUUCAACAUUAUUCCAUAUUUCAGGGUCACAAGUUUACACGUCAACACAACAACUAAUGCAUCCACCUCACACGUUAUCUCAUGGAUUAAAACAACAAUUUAAUGCUACAAUUGUGGUGAUUUUGCAGUGGCACUGUACUAAGCCACGUGGUUCUUUGUGAUCACACACUGUGGCUCUACAGCUAAAACAAAUGAUAUUCAAAUGAUAAAUGAAUCAUCUCCCUAGGAUAUUUGUACACUACAAAGCAUACAGAGAGCACAUAUCUCUGCCAGGGUUUCGCAAUCUUCUUAAACUAGUUUGCUUAUUCUGAAGCUAGAAACGGGUUUAGAAUGUUUUCCAGACCUGCAUUAAAACACACAUACUGCUGAUUGGCACUAUGCAACGGGCAUUAAAAUGUAUUAUGUUGCUAAUGACUUGUUUAUUUGCCAAUACUCAUAAUAAGCAGGGAAACAUAAUGUCCAAGGUGGCAGUAAU